AUGGCCAAGAUUUCUGGGGUCUAUAAUCUGCCACAAGUUAGCUAUGGAGCUCAGGAUUCAGAUAUAGGUGAUACUUCCAUAUAUCCAUCUUUAUUUCGGACUGUGCCAACUGAACAAAGUCAGUAUGAUGGUUUUGUACAGCUCGUCAAAUAUUUUGGCUGGACAUGGGUUGGAAUCAUUACCACCGAUGAUGAAAAUAACCUCAGAGGGAGUAAUAACAUUAAAAACCUACUCAUUAAAAAUGGAAUCUGUAUCGCCUACUUUCAAGUCAUAGCAAACAUACAGCUCAACAGCGCAGCCCCAGCAAUGGAUGCUGUAAAAUACUCAUCUGCAAAUGUUGUACUUGCUUUCUUUACUGGCGUGGCAUUUACUGACUUUAUGUACAGUCUUCAGUUUUCCACACCCGGAAAAGUGUGGAUUAUACCAUCCACACUGUCCGUGGUCACACAGGACUCCUAUUUAACCUCAUUUAAUGGUUCACUCGCAUUUGCUAUUCACAAAGGAGAAAUUCCAGGAUUAAAAGAAUUCAUCUAUAGUGCUAACCCGCUCACCUUCCCAGAUGACAUAUUCACCGCCGCACUCAAUAAAUAUCUUAAGAAUGUUAAUUUUAAAACAUCAUCGGGUGAGAAUUUCCAUUUUGAGAACAGAGGAACUGCAGGAGAAUAUGACAUAAUGAACUGGUACGUCACGCCCAAUAAAACAACAAAAUAUAUACAGAUUGGAAGCUACAGCAGUUUUGCACCUCCAGGAAAGCAACUUGUUGUCGAUGAAAAGCUCAUCCAAUGGCAUCCUAUUUUCAAAGAGGCUCCUCGUUCUGUGUGCAGUAACAGUUGUCUUCCGGGAUACAGAAAAGCUCUCAGAAAGUCCCAGCAAACAUGUUGCUAUGACUGUGUUCUGUGCUCAGAGGGGGAGAUAUCUAACAGCACAGAUAUGGAAAACUGCAUCAAAUGCACUGAACACCAGUGGUCUAAUGAGAGAAGAGACAAGUGUAUCUCCAGAACCAUAGACUUUCUGUCCUAUGAAGAUGCUUUGGGAAUUGCAUUAUCUCUCCUUGCAGUUGUGCUGUCGGCUCUCACUGUAGCAAUUCUGUCCAUAUUUAUGAAACACUGGGAGACUCCCAUAGUGAAAGCCAAUAACAGAGACCUCAGUUACAUCCUUCUCCUAUCUCUUACUUUGUGCUUCCUCUGCUCCUUAUUAUUUAUUGGACGUCCACACACCAUUACUUGCUUUUUCCGCCAGGCAGCAUUUGGAAUUAUAUUUGCCAUUUCUGUAUCAUCAGUUUUGGCUAAAACCAUAACUGUGGUUAUCGCUUUCAAUGCCACAAAGCCUGGCAGUGAGUCAAGAAAAUGGAUGAAGGCUCGGAUCUCAACAUACUUAGUUUGCAUUUGUGCUAUGGGUGAAGUCAUAAUAUGUUUUGUAUGGUUUUUGUGUAAUCCACCCUUUCCGGAUUUUGAUACAUCAGAAAGAUCACUGAAGAUGACACUGCAAUGUAACGAAGGGUCGUCUGUUGCGUUUUACUUUCUUAUAGGCUAUAUGGGUGUGCUGGCUGUUUUCAGUUUCAUAGUUGCCUUUCUAGCCAGAAAACUACCCGAUACCUUUAACGAGGCCACGCAUAUCACCUUCAGUAUGCUGGUUUUCUGCAGCGUUUGGCUGUCUUUUUUUCCAGCUUAUCUAAGCACGAAAGGUAAGUACAUGGUAGCUGUUGAAAUCUUCUCCAUCCUGGCCUCCAGUGGUGGAUUACUGUGUUGUAUAUUCCUCCCUAAGUGUUAUAUUAUUAUAAUAAGGCCAGAAUUAAAUGCCAAAGAACGUCUGAUUGGGAAAAAAGUCACUAAGUAUAAUGUUGAAUGUAACUAA